AUGGCACGUCAAAGAGGCCUGUCAAAUGCUUCCUCUGUAUCCUCAGUUCCAGAUCAGGAGCUGGGGAGCAUGUACGACUACCUCGCCAAAGUCAUUCUCUUAGGACCAAGCGGGCGAGUACUCUCUGCACAGACUAUAGGGGUAGAAUUUGCCUCGCGCAUUGUGAAACUCGGCACAGGGUCGCGCCGAAGGCGCAUCAAGUUACAGCUCUGGGACACAGCGGGUACGGAGCGCUUUCGAUCGGUCUCGAGAUCGUACUACCGUGGCGCCGCCGGUGCCAUCCUCAUCUAUGAUAUCGCCUCCUACGCUUCCUUUAAUGCCCUUCCAACCUUUCUCAUGGAUGCGCGCGCCCUAGCCUCCCCGAACCUGUCCGUGAUCCUGGCUGGAAAUAAAGCCGACCUGGCGUCGGAUGCCGCGCUGUCAGAUUUCGAAGACUAUCCCCGUCCUCCGCCGACCCCCUCGAGUACUUCCAGUAUACAAUCGUCACUGCCAUGGGAUGUGAAUGCCUCGAUCCGCUCGACGAGCCUCAUGGGGACAGGGACGAGGCUGACCGCCACGCGUGCCUCCGAGGGGCGAGAAGUCAGUUCGGAGGAGACGUCACACUGGGCCGCCAAGUCGAACAUCCCUGUAUCCGUAGAAAUCUCGGCCCUGACUGGGGAGGGCGUCGAGGAAGUCUUCAAUCGACUGGCACGCAUUAUCUUGACCAAGAUCGAGCUCGGAGAGAUCGAUCCAGAUGACCCGCAGAGUGGAAUCCAGUACGGCGAUGGAGGUUUAUACGGCCAUGGCAGCGAUGCAUCGAGUAUCAGGAGUCGGGCCACGCUGGAUGAGAACGCAAUGUCCCUCUCGCGCAGGUCUCGACGGAAAGGCAGAACUACUGGCACGGGAGGUUGGAAGGGUGGGAUGAGAGAAUGGGAGGAUGUGUUUCGCCUAGGCUCUGGAAGCCAACGAAACCAAGGGUGUUGUUAG